AUGGUGAAUUCUGAAGUGGCUCAAAUUCCGGGUCUUCUGCUAACUUGGAUCAAGGGCCAAGUUCCCCAAGUUGUGACCCUUUUGAUUCAACUUCUUUCAAACAAGCUGUUAGGCAGCAUCAGCAGUCGCUUCGAUACUAGCACAAGCACAGGAAUUGGUGCACUGUCUGGCGGUGGUGCUGGCUUUGCUGGUAUUUUUUCCAGUGAAAUGCUUGGUCGACCUCUGGUUAAUAUUGCCGGCUUUGGUAGCCCCUUUCAAUCAGCUCCUGUCCCGCUGGCAGCCACCGCUGAUUCUUCGCAUAUCGGAGCUUCGAACGCCUUGACUGCCACCACUACGGCAGCCUCAGUACAGCAUGCUACUGUUGUACAUGGUGCCUUGGCCAACUUAAAGGCAAUAGCCAUCCUGCCAGCUAACGCUGAGGUGGAUGCUGAGGCCUUCUCGCUUGAACUCCAGCACGCACUGUCGCCGAUAGGAUCAACAGUACGUCUAACUUCAGGUAGGUCACAUUCCUCUUCUAUUCACUUUUAUUCUCCUACGUCUAUGCACACACACACACACACUUCGGCUGGACAGAAAACAGGCUCGUCCUGA